AUGGAGAAGGCGGGGCAACGCCAUCUUAUCGGGGUCGGCGGCGGCGGCGGGAAGAAGGCGGGGCCUGCCGCGGCGCCCGCGCUGGGGCUGCAGAAGCAGAACUCGUGGUCGCCGGACAUCGAGCGCGACGAGGCGUGGGAGCGCCGGCGCAGGGGCAUGCGCCGGGGAGGCACGGCGCUGCGGCGCGUGCGGAGCGUCACGGACGACGACCUCGACGAGCUCCGCGGGUGCAUCGAUCUGGGGUUCGGCUUCGAGCCGGCCCCCGCCGGCGCCGGGUCCGGGUGCGCGGCGUGCGGCGGCGCCGGGAGGAACCGCCUCCUGGAGACGCUGCCCGCGCUCGACCUCUACUACGCCGUCCACGCCGGAGCGGGCGGUGGGGAGGGAUUGACGUGCUCUUGCGGUGCCGCGUCGGAGGUCUCCUCCGAGGAGUCUCCGCUCGGCAGCCCCAUGUCCAUACUCUCUCCAGGCGACCCGCCGGAGACGGUAAAGAUGCGGCUGAAGCAGUGGGCGCAGGUGGUUGCGCUGUCCAUGCUGAGCCGCCACUGA